ACUUGAGCACACUGUCUGCGCAGCUCUGCCUCUCUCUCUCAGACGGGGCUCAGCACAGCUGCAGGACAGCAGCACUCGCCGCUUUCUCUCUCUCUCUCUCUCUCUCUCUCUCUCUCUCUCCCUCUCGCCAUCAGCGCCGUCCUCUGCUCCUCGGAGAGAGAUCGUUCGGUCGGGCUGAGCUGUAUAUUUAACCUCUCUGGUCCGAUCCUCCCCCUCCCCCCCUUCAAUUCAUUUUUGCCCCCUGGGUCUUCGGUGCGGCAGCAGCAGGGCCACAGGAUGGAGGCUCUGGCUAUCUACACCUUCCGAGCCACGGAGAGCGAUGAGCUCAGCUUCCAGAAGGGAGACAUACUGAAGAUCACCAACAUGGAGGACGACCCCAACUGGUACACAGCCGAGCUGAUGGGCAGGAGGGGCUUUGUGCCCAAGAACUAUAUCAAUGUAAGACCUCACACGUGGUUCGCCGGGCGGAUCUCCAGGCAUGUGGCCGAGGGCCGACUCCGCCAGCGGGAGUGCGGGGCCUUCCUGGUCAGGGAGAGCGAGAGUGCGCCCGGGGAGUUCUCCGUGUCGGUCAGCAGCUAUGGGGACCAUGUACAGCACUUUAAGGUUCUGAAGGACAGAGGUGGUCAGUACUUUGUGUGGGACGAGGCUUUCAGCUCCCUCAACCAACUGGUGGAAUUCUACAAGACCAACAGCAUUGCCAAGGAGAGAACAGUCUUCCUGAGGGACAGAGAGCGCCCACUGGGGAGAGCACAUCACGCCCACGCUCUUUUUGACUUCAACCCCCAGCACAUCUCCCAGCUGCGAUUCGUGCGCGGUGAUGUCAUUGACCUGCUGGACUGCUCCGACUCACAGUGCUGGAAGGGCCGUUGUCAUGGCCGCGUGGGCGUUUUCCCACCGGAGUACGUCCAGCCCAUCUACCACUGACCCUGCACGCUGUCCUCCUCCUCCCCUGGUACAAAGAAGAGCAGCAAAAAUGAUGGUGGGGGGGGGGAAAGAGGUCAUUGCUGUGGGCCAUAUCCAGCAAACACCUACAGUAUCUACCGCUCAUCCGAGACUCCCAUUGUGUGCGCCCAGUGGAUCAUUGAUCAGCACCUAGACAUGACACAAAGCGACCUACAGACCAGAGGAGAGUAGGAUACAGGAGAAACACACUGGGAACAAAAGAAAAAAAAAACAGAGAUACGGUCGUGUAAAUCGGUGAGAACUGGAGAGAUAGUGAGAGCAGACACAGUUGAAGAGACUCUUUCGAAAGUGAUUUCACCUGGACUUUGUUCUUGCUGCAAAACAGGUCAUUUCAUAACAAAAGGACAGCUUCACAAAAAGAGCAAAUGAGCUUCCAUGUGACUACUGCUAGCCCUCGCUGAUAGUGUGGGUUACAUUCCUGAAAAUUCCCCCCAUUUGGAAAAAUUGUAAUUAGCAAGGGUUGAAGGAAAUUUGGGGUUAAGGGAAAGCCAAACUGCACUGCCUGUUCAACAAACACAUAAUAAAAUUAUAAAAAAAAAACAACGUAAUGAAAGCAAGACAGCAGAUGUUAUUUACUUUGAUAUGCCACCAGCAACACUUGUUAUUGUCAUUAUUGUUGCUUCACUUUUCUUUCUGGUUCGAAUAGUAGAUUCAUUCACCCCCGUGAGGCACCUACUGAUGCUGCCCUGGAGGUUCUACAUUUCAUUUUGAACAUCUUCUCUUUUUUGUGGAUGCACGUGAUUAAAACGUUUAUAUUGCUGUUUUCACAUGUUGCAGGCAGUUGAUAAGAAUGGGAAGCCACUGAUACAUGGAAUCAGUGGAUGGUAAAAAUACUGUUGGGAAAGAAUUUCUACAUUGUGUCACAGACAGGGAUCUGAAAAGCUGGCUCCUUAAAACCAUGUACCUGUAUGUCAAAAAGAAAGACUGUGCACAGCAAAAACUCCUUUGAAACAAAUGAUGAUACUGUUGAUUUCAAAAUGUUUCUCCUUCACAGACACUAACGACUGCAAUGGAGUUUUGGACAUGAACUGAGGAUUGGUUGAAUUUUUUUUAAGUACUGUACUUCUGCAAAAUUACAGAUCUGCCAAAAGACCCUAUUCUCAGUUUUCAUUGACAAAUAAGACCAGACAACCUGUGCAACAGAAUUUUAAAAGAGAGCACUUUUACAACUUUCAACCAGUCUACAGUUUCUAGCACAUUCCUGCUUCAGCUCCUAAUUAUUUGUAAAUUUGAAACUAAAGAUGUCUUCUCUUAACUAGUAAGAUAUUUAAACUUGUGUAAAUCAAUUUGUGUAAUCUCCCACCAUUUGUUCACGUGGUGAGGGGAAAAAUUAUUUUUCAGUUUCUUUCAGUGGUUGUCCCAUAGCUGUCAUUGCUAUAAACAACAUGCAUAUGAAAGUUAAAAUAUUGUAACCAUACACUAGCUCUUGACCAUGACAGAUAUG